AUGGUUGGUGUAGCCCGUAGUAAGGGCUGUCGCGCGUGCGUCAAGCAACGAGUGAAGUGCGAUGAGGCGAGGCCAGAAUGCGGCCGCUGUAAGAGGUUCAGAAGAGAGUGCCCCGGGUACAACAAGCCCGCGAAAUUCGUAUAUGAGAUCCCAAUAGCAAAAGACGACCAGAGAGUUGGCGAAGGAUCUUUCAGACACGUCCGCCAGCUCGAGCGCCCAAGUCCAAAGAGUCAAAGCCAAAGCCGUAGCCCCAGUUGGUCUGCUCGAACGACACCAGAGUAUCAGGCCUCGAGGAGUCCGUCCGAGGCGCCGACCCCGCUCCUCAUUCCACAGUCAAUCAUUCCUUGGACCCAGGAUAACUCUCAAGCGUUGAAAGUCUUGCUUGAAGAUUCGACUCCAAUGGAUGAGUUUGCCGACACGCACUUCCUACGGAGAUGGCUAUCGUUUGUACCCCCGCGCUUAGGUAACAGUAAAGCGUUGGACGACGCGGUCCGGUGCAUGGGGACCCAUUAUAUCGGUAUGCUAUCGAGACAAGAAUCGAUUAUGUUGUCUGCUAGGCAAACGUAUGGUCAUGCUUUACGUAGUCUUUCGAAGGCAAUCGGGGACCCGAAGGAGGCAAUGUCAUCUGAGACCCUCUGCGCUACGAUGUUCCUGAGCAUCUACGAAUUAUUUGCUUGCACAAAGAAACAUGCAUGGGUGAAGCAUGCAGGAGGUGCCAGCAAGCUAUUACAACUCCGCGGUCCUAAUCACAUCAACUCCGACUUUGACCAUUCGAUGCUUCUUUUUUUCCGAGGCCAAGUUACUAUGGAAGCUUUUAUGAGGGGGACAGACUCGUUCCUGUGCCAGCCUGAAUGGCAAUUAGUGCUCUCAGACCCCGAUCCCGACAAUCCUAACCCCUACACCCAAAUUACCAACGAGUUUCACGCAUAUCUAGCUACGUGUCCUGGCAUCGCCGCCCACUUCCGCGUCCUGGAUCGGAAAGACAUCAACGCAGUAGUUUCGUUUCUCAACACCACUUCAGAUCUCUCCACUGCUCUUCGCGCUUGGUUCCUCCGUUUCCGAGAACUCCUUCCACCGCCAACGGAAGUGACCUCCGACCCUUACGACCCACUAUUCCCCACCACUUAUGUCUACCAUGGCGCCUCCAACAUAUUCUGCACAUCAUCUUACUACGGAUGUCUCAUUUUACUUAACUCCAUGACUCAUGCCCUACAGCCCGACGAAAGUCUCUCAAUCGAGAACAGAUACUACGUCAACGAAGUCUGCAAAAGUGCAGACUUUACUUUCGACGCAGGGCUAUUAGGGCCAUACAGCACCAUCUUCGCGCUGAAAAUGGCGUUCAUGGUCGCGGAGCUGCCAAUAAAGUUAUGGAUAGAGCAACGUCUGCUGAAGAUGGGCGAGUUCAUGCCAUUCAUGAAACACCAAGUCUCGCUAAAGACAGAUGUUAUAUCUUAUCCUGAUCUGGACGCCUGA